GGGUGGGGUUGAAGGUUUGAAGGUCAGUGCAGCUGGGUUUUGAGUGAAGGUUUGGUGGAGAGCAGAUAGUUAUGACUGCUUAUGGGACAAGAAAUGCAGUGCAGAAGCUGGAGAUGGCCAGCAGUGUGUGAGGUUCCUGCCUGGGCUCGGGUGGCUGAGUGAGGUUGAAAGGGCUAGGUGGGGAGACCUUCACAGGGCUCGGAUCUACCCCUGGUGCUGAGUCUGGUGUUCUGUACAAGGACUGGGACUGAACUGACCUUGGAUGUAUUUGCUAUGUGCCACCUUGUUUCUAUGUGCAGAGUAAUGGAAAUACCUGUGGUGUGGGCUGGGAGGGGUCUGUGAAACUGUACUAGUGGAGGAGCCAAAGCUGUGAUCAAAUGCAGUUCAAAGAGCGGUGUGUAGGUUGGAGCGAUGUGUAAGUCUAGGUCGUGGGACUGGGCACAUGAGGGAGAAAGGCAAGUCUGAGUUUGGAUGUCUGGGAAGCAAGAUCUGGGGGACCCAGGGAAACUGGCUGUCUUGCGGGGAUAGAGUUCUGUACACCAGACCCACAGCCUAGAUGGUGCUUAUUUACUCCUUCCCCCACCUGUUUUUUCUGUGUGUUAAUCACAGGUGUCUCUUCCACUUUGGGAAGUGUGGAGGAGAUUGAGCAGUGAGUGAUUGUAGGGAAGACCUGGAAACCUGGACAGAAGUGUAGCAGUGAUUGUACCCAUGGGGCUUUACUUUAUGGAUAUGAAUGAGUGAUGAGAGGGUCGUGUGGUCUUUGAGGAUGUGGCCAUAUAUUUCUCCCAGGAGGAGUGGAGGCACCUUGAUGAGGCUCAGAGAUUCCUGUACUGUGAGGUGAUGCUGGAGAAUUUGACACUUUUGUCCUCACUAGGUUGCUGGCAUGGAGCUGAGGCUGAGGAGUCGCCUUCUGAGCAAGGUGUUUCUGUAGGAGCAUCAGAGGUCAGGACUUCAAAGCCAGGUUCAUUCACCCAGAAUGCCCAGCCUAGUGAGACAUGUGACCCACUCUUGAAAGACAUUCAGCGCCUGGCUGAACAAAAUAGAACACAAACUGAACAAAAGAUACAUAUUUGUGGGACAGACCUUUACCAGCCCCAAAAGCAGAUUGGAAAGAAUCUUUCCAGGAGGGACAGUUGGAAACUUUCAUUUUUGAAGAACCACAGAGUUCACAUGGCAGAGAAGGCCCUCACAUGCAGGAAAGAUUGGAAGGAAUUGCCAGACACCUCAGGCCUUCUCCGGCACCAAGUCUCUCACUGUGGGUGGAAGCCAGACCAGGAAACUGAGGGCAAGGAAGCCCUUCAAACUGGACAUAAUGAUUUCAUAUGCAGUGAAUGUGGGAAAGCCUUCAGAUGCAAACAUUCAAUGGUUGAGCACCACAAAAGCCACACAGGAGAAAGGCCUUAUGAGUGCAGUAAAUGUGGGAAAUUCUUUAGAUAUAAUGCCAACUUUGUGAAACAUCAAAGGAUUCACAGUGGAGACCGGACUUAUGAAUGUAGAGAGUGUGGAAAAUCCUUUAUGUACAACUAUAGACUCAUGAGACAUAAGAGAGUUCACACUGGAGAAAGGCCUUAUGAGUGUGAAAUUUGUGGGAAAUUCUUUAGGUACAGUUCCACAUUCUUUAGACACCAAAGAGUUCACACUGGAGAAAGGCCUUAUGAAUGCAGUGAAUGUGGGAAAUUUUUUAUGGACAGCUCCACACUCAUUAAACAUCAGAGAGUUCACACUGGAGAAAGGCCUUAUAAGUGCAGUGAAUGUGGGAAAUUCUUUAGGUAUAACUCCACACUCAUUAGACAUCAGAGACUUCAUACUGGAGAAAGGCCUUAUGAAUGUAGCAUAUGUGGGGAAUUCUUUAGGUACAACUCCAACCUCAUUAAACAUUGGAGAAGUCACACUGGAGAAAGGCCUUAUAAGUGCAGUGAAUGUGGGAAAUCCUUUAGAUACCACUGCAGACUCAUUAGACAUCAGAGAGUUCACACUGGAGAAAGGCCUUAUGAGUGCAGUCAAUGUGGAAAAUUCUUUAGGUACAACUCCAACCUUAUUAAACAUUGGAGAAAUCAUACUGGAGAAAGACCUUAUGAAUGCAGUGAAUGUGGGAAAGCCUUUAGCCACAAACAUAUACUUGUUGAACACCAGAAAAUCCACACUGGAGAAAGACCUUAUGAAUGCAGUGAGUGCCGGAAGGCCUUCAUUAGGAAAUCCCAUCUGGUUCAUCACCAGAAAAUCCACAGUGAAGAGAGGCUUGUCUGUCCCUUAGAUGUGGGGAAUUCUUUAAGUUCAGCCUCAGCUUCAUUAAACAUUAGAGAUUUCACAAUGAAGAAAAUUUACCACUGACCAUUUUAAAUCGACAGUUUAAUGUUAUGUAAAUUCAUAUUUCAAACCUUCAGAAACCUUUUUAUCUUGCAGAAGUGAUACCCUAUUCUCCUUAAAUAAUUCCUCUUUCCUGGUGCCCCGACUAGUACUCUUCUACACUCUGCUGUAUGGAUUUGAUACCUGUUAGCAUCCAAUAUAAGUAGAGUUGUUCAACAUUUGUCUUGUUGUGAAAGGCUUGUUUCACUUAGGAUAAUGUUCUUAAGGUUCACCUAUUUGUAGCAUGUGUCAGAAAUCCUUCCCCCUGCCCUUUAUUUUCAGUGAAAUAAUAUUCCAUUGUAUGUAUAUACCACAUUUCCUUAUCUAUUCAUUGGUUAAUGAACACUUGGGUUACUUCUACCUUUUGACUACUAAUGAAAAUGCCAUUAUGAACAUAAACGUACAAGUAACUUUUUGAAACCCCACUUCCAGUUCUAUUUGGGUAUAUGCUCACAAGGGGAAAUGUUGGAUCAUGAAGUAUUUUUAGGAACUGUUUUCCAUACUACCUGCACCAAUUACAUUUUCACAACAGUACACAAGGUUUUCACUUUCUGUAUUUUAGCAAUACUUCAGUUUUCUCUUUCUGUUUUCUUUUUUGUUUGUUUGUUUUGUAAGAGAGAGUUUUCCUUAGUAGUUAUCCUGUUUGGUGUGAGGUAGAACACUGCAUUUUUCACUUUUGCUAAUGAUUAAUGAUGGGGAACAUCUUUUCUUGUGCUUGUUCAAAUUUGUAUAUCUGGAAAAAUAUCUUUUCAAGUCUUUCCUCCAUUUUUUAAUGGACCUAUUUGAAUUUUGUUAUAGACCAUAGAAAUUUUAAAAACAUUUGGGAUUUUAACUCCCUACUAAAUAUUCUUUUCAAAUAUUUCUCCUAUCCAUAGGUUACCUUUUUGUUCUAUUGAUUGUGUCCUUUGAUAGCAUUUUGAUUAUUAUAUAGUCUAGUUAAAAUUUUACCCAUGCAUUUGAUGUUAUAACCAAGAAAUCACUGUCAAAUCCAAUGUCAUGAAGCAUUUUCCCUAAGGCCUUAUGUUUAUGUCUUUGAUCUUCUUUUGAGAAAGGGUCUUGCUAUGUUGUCCAGCCUGAACACUUGGGCACAAGUGAUCUUCCAUUGAACCUCCCAAGUAGCUGGAACUACAGGUGUAUGUCACUGUGUGUAUGGCUAAGGUUUACUUUUGUACAGAAUAUUAGGCAAAACUCCAUGCUUUGUCAUGUGGAUAUCUAGCUUUCUAACCACCAUUUAUUGAAAAGAUUUUUCUUUCCCCCUAUUAAAUAGUCUUGGAACACUUUUCAAAAUCAUUUGACCAUAUAUGCCAGGGUUUAUUUAUGAAUCUGUUCAAUUGGUCUAUAUAUCUUUAUGAGAGUACAGUUACACACUUUUAAAUUUUAUAAGUAAAUAUUAUGUUGAAUCCAUUUAGAGGCCUGGGCUAGAGGUAGAUCAGCUCCUCUGUUGGAGCAGCUAAUUAUAUCUAUACCCCCCAACUACUUACCUUAUUGGGCUCUUACACUCUGGAUCACUCUACACAGCCUAAAUUAUUCAAAUUAGCCAAUUCACAGGGAUUCUGGGAAACAGCUGAUUCAAUCCAGUAGUCUGAUAAAAGCUAUCCCCUGCAACUUCAGGUUGCCGUGGCUGCCCUGGAGCAACUCCCUGUGGGGCCCUGCUUGAGUUCUUCUCUCCUUCUUAGCUGUAAGUAAUAAAUACUUUUGCCUUUAAUAUACAUUAAAAUAACAUUAUGCUAUUUCUUGGCAUGAACUUUGUUUCAAAAAAUUAUCCAUACCAAGAAAGCUAUUUAAAUUGCAGUGGGCAGUGGGAUGUAGCUCAGUUGUGCAACCUACCAGGCCCUGGGUUCAAUCCUCAGCAACACACACAGAUGCAGUAGAUGUUGGAAAAUUCUUUAGCCAUUUUUCUGACCUCAUUCAACACCAGGAAAUUCACACUGGAGAAAGGCCUUAGGAGUACAGGCAGUGUGUUCUUUCCUUGUUCAACAUAAUUCAUUAGAGCAAAGCUCUGGGAAUUAGCUCUAUAAGGAGAUAGACAGCAAUUGAUCUGCUAAUGUCCACACUAGGAUUAUUUGCUGUAGUGCCACAUCUGUGGAAAACCUUGUGAACUGUGUGGCACUUUCGAGUUUGCCUGGCACCUAUGUCAGAGUAAUUUUAUUGUAACAGAAGUCAUCUUCCAUCUAGCAAUGUGCAGAGAAACACAUGUGGUGUAAAAACGUUGUCAUGUUAACAUGCUCAAUGCUCGGGUAUGACAUCAUGCUGUGCCCUCAUCUCACCUGGAGGAUUCACCAGGUAUUUGACACCUUUGGGGGUCUCAUUCCUUCCUUCAUGAUUGGUUGGGGAUGUCAGCUCUGGACAGAGGACGUGGGCUAGCACUGAUGGGCAGCUUGCAGAAGUUUUCCUUCAGGGCAUUAUUAGUCAUCCUCUGACUCCCAGGAUGGAUUUUUCCAAGUUCCAAGUCAACCAUACCACGAACUCCUCCCCUUUCUCCAAUUUUCAUAUUAUUUAAGCUACCAUAUCUGUUUACUGUAUGCUAUGAGUUUAGACAGAAUUGGUCUCUGCUAGAAUAAAAGAAUGAACAGUUUUUCUGGGCCCUCUGAGGGAAGAGCAGAGAUAAAGACUUGCCAGAUUUGGACUAAUUUGCAUGUUGUGUUAGGCCUCGUAGAGAAAUUGGAAGGAUUUCUGUACCAAAUCUCAUGCUUUGAAUACAAGAAUUAUUUCAAUUUUCCAAAAGGCAGGGUAGUUGCCUUUAUAAUUGGCAUUUGGCAGCAAUGUGAGUUGGAUGUAAACAGGAUUUCCCACGUUCCUCUAUAUUGCUGAGGGACAGCUGUCUUUCAUGACCUGCCUAAGAGCUAUGAGUUCAGAAAUCAUGUCGCUGACUGUAGACACUUAGAGUCAGGCAAGGAAAUAGUAGUUGGAUUUAAAGGAAGUGGACAAGAGGAUAGUAUGAUGAAUUAGCACCCCCAAAAGAGUACAAAUGUCCCAUGAACUGUGGAAGCAUGGGAUGAGGCAGUACACAUUUCAAAGACCUAAAACCUGUGUAUCUCCUGUAACCAGGGUUGUUGUCAGUAAUAACUCCAAAGGUGUAUGGGUUCUUUCAGCCUCCCUGGGCCAUUAUUUUCAGCCAUCGUGGCAUCAGCAGGGAAUUUAUGACAAAGAAGGGAGAUGUUAUAGUCCUAGGGUCUCUGUGACCAAAACUCAUUCCUUGUGACUCAGGAUUGACCUUCAUUGCUCUUUUAACUGCCACUAAGAAUCAACACACAUAAGACAUAGAAUGAAUGGAGUAAGUACAGCCUUUGCCAUAGGACAUUUGUACAGGAAAGACAGAUCCCAAUGUUACAUGGAAUCUGUAGACACCAAAUCUGAGGUUUAAUGACAUUAAACUACAUCUGUUAAAAGUAAUAUCAAUUUUUGUAUAUGUAUGUAGAGUGAAAC